AACAACAUGAACCUUGUAAGUAAUGGAUUGUCAGUGCAGUGUUACUUUAUGCCAAAGCUGAUGGGAAAAAUGAGAAGAAGAGUUCAGGAGAUGAGAAACCCAAACACUAUGGUGUCUUCAGUAGAUCUGAGUCACAACGAGAGCACACGACUGGCUAUGGAUGCUCUUUUGGAUAGAGGGAUUGAUGGAUACCAGGAAGUGCUGAACAAAGAGAAUGAAGCAAACUUUCUGUCAGCGGAGGAGAAAACAUAUAUCUUAAACAACAUUAAAAAGCCUCUCACUGACAAUGAAGAGACAGACAGGGAUAAAGAGAUGUCCGGUUCUCCGUCAGUUUCUUCUGAGACAUACUUUCCUGCAGUCACAGAGAGUGAGCCUCCAGUUCUUGACUACGGCUGGCCAGCGGCUGACUGGAGUUACCAUCUCCAAGGGAUUCCCAGUGUGGAAGUGUUCUUCCACUCGACGAUAUCAUUUUCCAUGAAAGACCUGCUGCGGGAACUCAUCAGGCAAGCAACUAAAGUUUUGGCGAUAGUUAUGGACACAUUCAGCGAUGUGGAGAUUUUCUGUGACAUACUGGAGGCGAUAAGAAAGCGAAAUGUGUCCGUCUAUCUCCUUCUGGACCACACCAAUUUACAGCUGUUUCAGGACAUGUGUGAAAAUUUAAAAAUCAACAAGUCUCAUCUUACUAGAAUGUCCAUUCGUAGUGUUCAAGGUGAAACAUACUGUGCCAAAUCGGGCAGAAAGUUCACUGGACAGAUGAAAGAGAAAUUCAUCAUUGUGGACUGCACAAAAGUGCUGGUCGGCUCAUACAGUCUCACCUGGCUGUCCUGGCAGGUUCACAGAAGCUUGGCCGUACUCUUCAAAGGCAGUGGGGUUAAACCUUUCGACCUGGAGUUUCGCAGACUCUAUGCAAUUUCUGAACCUAUCCCAGGAUUUACCUACCACACAUCAGAUCUCGAUGAUCUCUGCAUACCCUUUGAGAAACUCCAGAUCCCAAUGCACCCGGCAGGAACUGCUGGAAACACUCCAGACCACCUACAGCAGAAACCUCUUAAGCCCAGGACCUGGAGUUUCCCGACAGCUCCUGUCCUGGUCAGACAAACCAGCUAUCCAAACGUCACCACUGUACCGCAAAGAUCUCAAUGGCUUCCACGGAGGAACACAAUCCAUCACCCCAUUGCUUAUCAGCCCCCACUAUUCAACGAUUAUAAUAUGAGGAGCCAACCUUGGCGUCCAAUACAUGGCAAUCACAUCAACAGUGGCAUUCCUGCAACUUCCCACUGGUGCUAGAGCAGGUUAUUUUAAUGCUUUAGUUGGUAGAUUGUAUUAGUAGAUGUAGAAAUUUUUAUUUAUUUUAGCACAUUCAACUUUAUUCUGCUCUGUGACAGUAAAAUCACCAAUAAGAGAUUCGCAUUCAUUUAUAAAAGUACAAUCAAUAUUCAAAUUAUUCAUAUGUCUCUCCAGAGGUCUGUGCAUGGAUAAAGCUGGAGUCUUCUCUUGCAUUUUAGUGUGGAGUUUGUUCCACCACCUUUCAUCAAAUUCUUUAAUAUAAAGUCCUGAUAAACUCUCUCCAUCUUGGUUUUCUUCUCUCAUCUUCUCUGGAUUGAGGUUUUCUGCCAUUGCCUAGAUCAGAAUAAAAGAAAUCAGUUUCUAAUGUGAGACCAUGAAUGUCCAUUACAAAUGUUUGGGAGAGUUGUGUAAGAGAUGUGCAAUUCUGUUAUGUAUACAUUUAGAGAAUAAACUAGUUUUCUUUGA